GCUGCCCGCUCCAGCAUCAGCAGCAACCCCACCGUCGCUGACAUCGACAUCACCACGAACGGUACCGACUGGCUCUGGGCAGUCUUCGCCGUGAUGCUCUUCACCACGAUCGGCAUCCUCGUCUACGCCAACUUCUUCGUCCCCCGCCACCACCGCGCCUUUGUCUACCUCUCUGCUGCCAUCACGGGAACCGCUAGCGUUGCCUACUUCUCCAUGGCUGCUGACCUCGGUGCCACGCCGGUACGAGUCGAGUUCCUCCAUGGCUUCGACCUUCAGCGCACCGGCGGUCUUGUGCCCACUCGUUCCAUCUGGUACGCACGCUACAUCGACUGGACGAUCACUACGCCUCUGCUGCUUCUCGAGCUCCUUCUCGUCUCGGGCAUGCCAUUGAGCAACGUCUUCCUCGUCAUCUUCUGGGACAUCAUCAUGAUUGAGACGGGCCUCAUUGGCUCCCUCGUCGAGUCGCAGUACAAGUGGGGCUUCUACGUCUUUGGCUGCGUCGCCAUGUUCCUCGUCUUCUACGACCUCUACUUCGUCGGCUGGUCGUCGGCCAAGAAGCUCGAUGCAAGCCUCGGAUCUACUUACAUCCGCGGUACGGCUAUGCUCACCUUCCUCUGGUUCCUCUACCCGAUCGCAUGGGGUCUCGCUGACGGUGGCAACCAGAUCUCGCCUGACGGAGAGAUGAUCUUCUACGGUAUCCUCGACCUCCUCGCCAAGCCCGUCUUCGCCGUCAUUCACUUGUGGGGCCUCCGCAAGCUCGACUACGAUGUCCUCGGCCUCCAGUCGGGCAAGCGUUCCGCCUACAUGGAGGAGAGCGGCAACCGUGUCAACAAUGCCGUCUCCGGCAAGGCUCUCGAGUCUGGCCACCACAACGGCGCCGCCGCCAACAGCACCACUGGCCCCACGACCGGCAACACGGGCGCCGCCCCUGCC